UGUGACAUUCAUAAAAUGACAGUCAGCUGAAAAUGACAGUCCAAAAGUGCAAGGCACAACUGACUUUACACUACAAUUGAUUUUUUGGCGAUUUCUAUCUUUCUAUUCAUUUAAUUGCACAAUAACAGUAAUAGAAAUGUGAACGGAACAAAUGUUCUAAUUAGAACCAGCAAUGAUAAGACAAUCUUUAAAGUUUAGAAAAACAAUUACUGCCGCAUGUUUAUUGUCUACAUUGGUUUUAAUAUAUUUAAUUAUUAUAAAGAGUAACCUAGAAAACCUAGGGAAAAAAUCCCACCAAAGGAUAUCGGAUGAUUUUCAAGAUAUAACUUUUAAAAAUAGAGAAUCACCAAAGACAGAAUAUGGUAAUGUGAAUAUGAUGGAAUCACAAGUAUCAAAUAAUGAAGAUGAGAGCACAAGGCGAGAGUUGCAAGAAGCAAAGUCCAGAAUACAGGAACUGGAGAAAAAAAUAGCAAUUUUAGAAGGAAGAAUGCCACAAAAGUACCCCGAUGUUAAGUUCCUUGGAUAUAAAGAAAGGAAGCGAAUAUUAGUAACCGGAGGUGCUGGCUUUGUGGGCUCGCACCUUGUGGAUGUGUUAAUGAUGCAAGGACAUGAAGUUAUAGUUGUAGAUAAUUUCUUCACAGGGCGUAAAAGAAAUGUUGAACAUUGGUUUGGUCAUAGAAAUUUCGAGAUGAUUCAUCACGAUAUAGUAAAUCCACUUUAUGUUGAGGCAGAUGAAAUUUACCAUUUAGCUAGUCCAGCGAGUCCACCGCAUUACAUGCAAAAUCCUGUAAAAACAAUCAAAACAAACACAUUAGGAACAAUUAAUAUGUUAGGACUCGCAAGGCGCGUUGGUGCUAGAAUAUUAAUAGCAAGUACUUCAGAAGUGUACGGUGAUCCAAUGGUUCACCCUCAACCAGAAUCUUACUGGGGUCAUGUGAACCCUAUUGGACCUCGGGCGUGUUACGACGAAGGUAAAAGAGUCGCCGAGACUUUAGCGUAUUCUUAUGCGAAGCAAGAAAAAGUGGACGUGAGAGUAGCGAGGAUAUUCAACACGUAUGGACCAAGGAUGCACGUGUCUGACGGACGCGUGGUUUCUAAUUUUAUAAUGCAAGCUUUACAAAACUUAACCAUUACGGUUUACGGCAACGGCAAACAAACUCGCUCAUUUUGCUACGUAUCCGAUCUUGUGGAUGGCCUGCUCACUUUAAUGGCCUCAAGUUACACGUUACCUGUUAACCUGGGAAAUCCUGUAGAACAUACCAUAGAAGAAUUUGCUAUGAUUAUCAAGAAUCUAGUCCCCGGAUGUCGCAGCACGGUGUCAACAGGCGCAGCCGUGGAGGACGAUCCACAGCGGCGACGGCCAGACAUCGCCGUGGCAGAAGCAAAUCUUCACUGGAAACCUAAAAUUAGCUUACAAGUUGGGCUACAGCGGACCAUAGACUACUUCCGAGAAGAACUGUCAAGGACUACAUUUCUCAACAACCAGACUUAUAUGGACACUAAAGUGAAUCGCCACUAGUUUAUUUGUGAUAUUGACGUAGCUCGCUUUGUGUGAAUGAAAACUCAUGUUGUAAAUAAAAUAAGUUAGGACUAUUUACAUUACCUGAUAUGUUUUUUUAUGAUCUACAAUUUUUUUUUUGCUAAUUACCUACAUUGUUGUUUCGUGUUCAAAGUUUAAAAUAAAUUCUUAUUCCUUGCACUGUUUAAA